AUGAGUGGUCUAAUAGAGAGCAUUAAGGCCCACUGGAGUCGAGUACCCUGCGGCGGUUGUGGCAGCGUCUACCCCAAACUGUGUUUCUCCGUCAGAGAUCAACGAUGCGCCAAUCGCAAAGAGGUGCUUACCAUCGCUGCGGACUGCGAAGUGGCAAUAGCUGAGAGAGAAAAUAUCAACGAUCGGGUGGAAGCUUUCAAGCAGGACGAGGAUCGUCUGCACGAGACGCUGGCCCGCGAGGACGUCUACAUUAAGUCUCUUGAAGCCGCACUUGAGGAAGCGCGGAAUCGCCGUAGGAAAACGCGUGAAGAACAUAAUACCCGCUGGGCCGACUUUACAAAAAACUUCGACGGCCACCGAGACACGAUCAACAAGUCUAGUCAUUUGGUUAAUCGGUUGCAUGAAGCCACGAGGAGGAUGUAUGCCCUUGACCCUAGACGCAUCACGGACCACAGCCUAGAGGAUCACGACCGUUCUGAAGAAAACAAGGAAAAUAUAGGACCUCAGCGGGAGGUUUGCAGUAUCACUCCGCCGACCUACCUCGCAAGCGACGACAUUCGGCCGAGUGAGGGUGAAUGGACUUGCAUGAUGAGAGAAGGGACGACAAAGUAUCAUGCCGUCGCGAACUGGGUUUUGGCCACCCUCGAUGCGCAACCUGAAUUUGAUCGGAGAGUUGGUGUCAGCGACAAUGGCCAGACAUUGUCAUCGGCGAGGAGACCACGGAGACAAAUGAGUUGUGGUCAACGCCAUCGGUACCGACCGUACUACUCUCGAGGUUGA